GAAAACCUGUUCCAGGGAAUCAGUCAACUGUUGGCAAAGAUCGGCGACCCUUCUUCAAUACGAGGGCCGUUGUUUUGCAGCUGCAAACUGCAGUGACCGUGUCCAACACGCCGCACGUUCAGGCUGAAGCUCAGCGAAUCUCCAUCUACGCAUACACAGGCACACUUAGUAGCAUCUAUCGGUAGCGUGUAAUACAGACCGUGCGGGGCGGUGUUGGGGCUCAUGGCGUGCUUCCUCAACGGCCAAGCCAGCUCGAAUUUUUGAUAGUUUUGAAUCGUUGGUUGACAAGCAUGACUUUCAUAGAUUAUGCAUAAUUCAGAGUUCAACAUCCAUAUCUUUGCUAGUCUAAUGUGAUGAUUUCAUAUAUCAUAUUUCAGAGGUACAUGAGGGAAUGCGGGUGUGUGAGAUUCACACGUGAAACGAACAUGAGCUCGCCACCUUCCCAGUUGACGCAGUCGCAGCUCGUGGCGCGACUACGCGACCUCCUGGCCCAUGAUGGCCUCGCCGUGAUGCCCUGCUGCUUCGAUGGACUCAGCGCCAAGCUCAUCGAGCGCGCGGGCUUCGAUGUGGCCUUUAUGACGGGCUUUGGCGUCUCCGCCGUGCACGGACUGCCAGACACGCAACUUUUGUCCUUUGGCGAGAUGGCUCGCACCGCUGCAACUGUAUGCGAGUCUUUGCGCAAUGUUCCGUGCAUUGGCGACGGUGACACGGGCUACGGCAACGCCAUGAACGUUAAACGAACCGUCCGUGCGUAUGCACAGGCGGGUAUGGCCGGCAUCAUGCUGGAAGACCAAGUCUCCCCCAAGCGAUGCGGACACACGGCCGGCAAAGCCGUUGUCUCUCGAGAAGAGGCUUUUGCACGGGUACGUGCGGCUGUGGACGCCCGUAGAGAGGGACAGUUCGACAUUGUCAUCAUGGCGAGGACGGACGCCAGAGGAACCCACUCAUUGGACGAGGCCAUUGCUCGCUGCAAAGAAUUUGCCAGACUCGGAGCGGACAUCACGUUCCUUGAAGCGCCACAGUCUGUAGAAGAGAUGGAGACGUACUGUAGAGAAGUACCAGGCCCUAAAAUGGCCAAUAUGGUGGAAAACGGCCUCACACCGGUGCUGUUGCCCGAACAGCUUGGCAACAUGGGCUACAAACUGGCAGCGUAUCCGAUUACACUGCUAAGCGCCAGUAUCAAGGCGAUGGAGGAAGCGCUGAGACUGCUCAAGUGUCAAACCGGUGGAGAGAAGAAGGAAGAUACGGGGAAUAACGCGACUCCGAGCACUGAGCUGGACAAACUGCUGUGCGACUUUGCACACGUGAAAGAUGUCGUGGGCUUUACGGAGUAUUACGCGGAGGAAGAUCGUUACAAGCAGUGAAUAAACAGUCGUACACGGGAGUUUAACAUUGAAUGAACGACACGAUUUCAUGACAAAAAAGGUAACAACUACAUCGUCAGACUUGGCGAACAGCUAGGUAUGAACAGGAAUACGACGACGACCGAGGAUGAAAUCUACUCAGAGCGCAGCCUGCGGUACUGGGACAUUGCGCCAG